AUGGAGGAAUCGAGUUGUGCGCCGGCAGCGCCAGGUCUCGCUGGCGAGGGCCGCCUGCAAUCUCUUCUUCUCGGGAGCAAGAAGGAGGCCUUCAAGAGAGACAUGCGCACGCUGGCGAGCGACGGCCUGUACUCGGGGACUGAGUCGCACGCCUCGCCGUCCGCCCGUGGCGCCUUCGACGGCGAAGGAGACAGAGCCUCUGACUGUGUCUCCUCAGGGCUCCAGGCACGAGACAGCGGCCUCUAUGCGUCCACAUACACCCAGAUAAAAAGCGACGACGACAUGCAAACCGAAGCAGACGCAAACCGCGGCGCGCAGCAUUCUUCAAUCGUCGCUGCCUUCGAGAUUGCAAACAAGCUCGCAUCGUACCUCCGCGAACUCCCACACCAGCUCCGCCACGGCGCGGCCGCGAUCCAGACGCGAACUGAGUCGACGGCUGUGAUCGUUGUGCGGCGCUUCGGCGGCGAGGCCCUUUUUCUCGUGGUCUAUGCGAUCCUCGGCGUCGCGGCGAUGAUUGGCGUGACGUGCGCAGUGAACUCAAAGGGCUACUUCCGCGGGGCGCCGCGCGGCUUGCUGCACUGGCACUCGUUCUUCGCGAAGACGCUCUUCAUCGGAGCGACGCUCGGCGUCCUGACGCGGUUCCUGCGAUCCAGCUUCGCGUACUGGGAGCGGCGGAUCGAGGCGCAUCAGGCAGCAGGCUCGUCGCGGCAGGUCGUCGAGAAUAUGCGUCAGAUUCUCUCCUUUCUGCUCGCACUGGGCUGGCUGGAGGCGUGGACGGCGGCGUUCCUGUUGGAGCUGUUUGGCGCCUUCAGCUUCCUCGCCUUCUGCCUCGUGCUGCCGCUGGCGACGCUCUUGCGGGCGGUCGGCCGCGCCGCGCUCUUCGAACACCUGCGCAGCCACGCAUGCGAGUUCGUGGACUGCUGUGCCCCCCCAGAGGAGCCUCUCGACGACCACACCGACCCCUGUGGCGCGGCCGAGGAAGACGCAGAAGAGCAGCACCGCCUCCAGCACCACCUCCGCCGGCAGGCUCCCCGCGCCGCUGCGGCCUACGCGGGCGGAGAAGCGCCUCUAGGGGGGAAUCUGUGGAUGAAAGCCCUCUUCGCGAUCCUCGGCGGCUCGAUGAGCUUCUUCGGACCCAGCGAACUGCAAGGAAAAAUCGAAGCGGGCGCGUACUCGGAUGACACGAUUCCGGCGCUCGGCUCUUCGCUCCUCGCGUCGCCGUCGAGCCCACUCCAGCGCCGCCCCCCUCCCUCGUCACUUUUUUCCUCUCUUCGCCGGCUUGUGCGGUCCGCGUGUCAGCUCUGCUGGCACGCCGUGGACGGCUUCUUCACGUUCCAGCUGUGCGCGGUGCUCGCGCUCCUCUUUUUCCACUUUGACCUCGCGCGCUUCUUCUGCCAGAACGCGAUUUUCUUCUCCGCGGCGUGCGUCGCGACCUCGCACGCCGCGCCGGCGAUCGACGCCUUGCUCGAGAACUGGCGCGUGCGGCUCGGCCUCGAGCAGCGGCUCUCUGUGCCCGGGUCCAGCGCGCUGGAGGGUGCGGACCGUGACCUCGAGGCCGCGGAGACCGUGGAGACUGCGCACCGGGCCGCGCACGCCUACGAGUAUCCGGCCUACUCUGCGGCAGCGGAGGACGAGCUCCUGGCGAGAGGAAAGAAAGCAGAGCAGCCCGCAUCCUUCUUCACCAUCCCGGGGGGCUCGCGCGAUGCGGACACCGCACUCACCGCGAGGGCCGCAGUGCCCGACCCCUACACGCAUGUGGUGGCGUUUGAGAAACGCGACGGUGAGCUCAGAGCAGAUUGGCGAGCGGCGGAAGGGAGGGACGAAGCCGAGGACGAGGACGCCGAAGCAGGCGCGUGCAGCGACGAAAUGUACUACUGUGAGAAGACUCAGGACGCAAACGCCGCCGACCUCGCCGGCAAGGACCACCCGCGGAGAGAUGAAACGGGUUGUAUGUACACCACAUCCUCCAUGCCGAAUGGCGACGAGGAGGGCAACCAGUUCGCCGACCCAGAAGAAGCAGAAGACGUGGGAGGCGCACCCUCCUCGUACUCCUCCGUUGGCUACCCCAGCGACGGCGAAGCCGAUGAUAGGGAAGACGCCAAAAGACGGAUGAGCGAGCACACGAGAGCGUUUAGGUGA